AUGGUUCCUCUCCUCCCAGAACACACACUGAGACACUACUCCUAUCUCAGGGAUAGCCUGCCUCAUAUGGUGCCUAACUUACAGUUACAUGGACAUACUGCCUCCAGUGAUGUGGAGCCCCCUGGUGGACAAUCUGUGAACACACAGCAGUUCUUAAAGGAGACUUUACAGAGACUGGACAAGGUGGACUUCAUGGAUAAACAGACUGGACACGAGCUGCUGGCCAUGGUCAAGCAAGACCUCCAGAGAAUCACAGAGUUGUCACCCCAGCAGGAGGCCACAGCUGAGUGUAUCAGCAUGUUUAUUGAACUAAAGCUCAUGUUAGAACAGUUUCUUGGGAACAACAAUUUCAGGAACCAAUCUUCCAGCGCCCAAAGGAUAGAAAAGAUAGUUGCCCUUACUGGUCAGCUGGAGUACCUGUACCUGGGGAUCAGUGUGAGGGACAUGGCUAUGGUCUACCAGAUCAGACUGGCCGCAUACUCCGCCAAGGUGCUGUGUAUGGUGAAGGCCUCCCACACCCAGCAGUCUCUGGACCUCUGCCAGGCUUUCACUGAGAAGAUGGCUCAGAUGAAGAAGUGA